AUGCCAGCAAUAGAAAGUGAUUCGAGCGAAACAAGUAGUUCUGAUGAAGAAAUUGAAUCGACUCUUAUUUCGAAAACUGUUGGCGAAUUAACAUUAAAAGAUGAUGAAAAUAUUAUUACGUAUCAACCAACAUUACCAGAUGAUUAUGAAGAAGGUGGAGAAUCAGAUGACGAUCAAAAACUGCCAAGAGUUACUCAAUCCUCAGCUUCUGGUCAAUUUGAUGAUGAAUCAGAUCCAAGAAAGAAACGAAAAAAACGAAAAAGAACAUACUAUAUUUGUGUAUCAAUGUGUAAAUAUGAGUGUGUUAGAAGAGCUGCAAAACGUCUUAAUUUCCGUGAAGUUGGUGACGAUGAUGAUUGGAAUGUAUAUUGGACAGAUACAAGCGUAGGAAUAGAUCGUGUUGCACAAAUGAAAAAAUGGCAAAAAAUUAAUCAUUUUCCCGGCAUGAGUGAGAUAUGUCGAAAAGAUUCAUUAACACGAAAUAUGUCACGAAUGAUGAAAAUGUUUCCAAAAGAAUAUAAUUUUUAUCCAAAAGCUUGGUGUCUUCCAGCUGAUUAUAGUGAUUUUUCUAAAUAUUGUCAAGAAAAAAAAUAUAAAACCUACAUUAGUAAACCGGAUGUUGGAUGUCAAGGACGUGGAAUAUUUAUUACAAGAAAUCCACAAAAAGAUAUUAAACCACAAGAUAAUUUUGUAGUACAAUUAUACAUUUCUAGACCAUUUUUAGUUGAUGGUUAUAAAUUUGAUUUACGUGUUUAUGUUGCUGUAACAUCAUGUGAUCCAUUUCGUGUUUUUGUUUAUAAAGAUGGUUUAGCUCGAUUUACUACUCAACAUUAUGAAGAACCAAGCACAUCAAAUUGUAAAGAUAUAUUUAUGCAUUUGACAAAUUAUGCUAUUCAAAAACGUAGUGAUGAUUUUAUUCGAGAUGAGGAUACAGGCACAAAAAGACGAAUAACAACAAUUAAUAAAUGGCUAGCAGAACAUGGUUUUGAUAUCAAUAAAUUAUGGGGAGAUAUUGACGAUGUUAUUCUUAAAGUUUUAAUAUCAGCACAUUCUGUACUAAAACAUAAUUAUCGAGCGUGUUUUCCAAAUCAUUAUCGUGGUAGUGCAUGUUUUGAAAUACUUGGCUUUGAUAUAUUAUUAGAUCGAAAAUUAAAACCAUACGUUCUAGAGGUCAAUCAUUCGCCUAGUUUUACGACAGAUGCAAAACUAGAUAGAGAAAUUAAAGAUGCAUUAAUUUUUGAUACAUUAUUACUAUUAAAUAUGCCUGCUGCUGAUAAACGAAAAUUUCUUGAAGAAGAAAAACGUAAAGCAAAAGAACGAUUAUUUCAUAAAACUGCUGGAAAAAAAGAUAAUAAAUUUCGUGAAGAACAAGAAGACUUAGCUCAACAAUGGCAAAAAGAAAUAGAAAAAUGGGAAGAUACACAUUGUGGUAAUUAUCGGCGAAUCUAUCCUGGACCAACAACCGAACGUUAUGAUAGAUUUUUUACACAAAGUGGUACACUCUAUUCAGAAACAGCAGCCUCCAAAGCAAGAUUAGAACAAGCACGAGCACAAAUUGAUGAAUUACAACGAAAACAGGAUAAACUUAAUGCGUUUAAAAAUAAAAAGACAAUUAAUUCACGUGAAUUAUGUGGAGAAAGUCCAACAAGGCGACCAUUACCUAGUGUAAAAUCAUCAUCACGAGGUUCAUCAUUUAAUCGAACACCAUUGAAACGAUUAACAGUGAAUCAGAAUGUGAAGAGUCCAGUAACGUCUUAUGGUGAUUCGCUGAAAACUAUUGAAAUUGAUGAAAGUGAAGAACUUGAAAGAGUAAUGAGUUUAAAACAACGUGAAACACUUAUACGAGGAAUGGGUAUAAUCGACAUGUGUCAUAGACUAUUGUUUGGAACACCAGGUACAAUAGCCAAUUUACCAUUAGCACCCAAUUAUCAUAAUAAUAUGCCCCCAAUUGAUAUGACUGAUGCAACUCAUAAUCUUUCAUUAUUACAAUUUGUUGGUUCAUCAAAAUUACCACCUAAUCGCUAUAAUGGAACAAAUGCACUACAACAAUAUUUUACAAAUCAAACACAACCAAAAUUAGAAGUGCGAACAAAAAAUAUGCAUAUAUUCGAUGAAAAAAAUUCAACAAUGAAUAAUGUAUCUCGUAAUAGUCGAUAUCAACAACGUAGUGGAAAUGCAUCUAAUCGACAUAAUAUGUCAUCAUCGAACUAUUCUCUCAUAGUACAAAAUGACGAUAAUUUGAAUAAUGCAAAUACUGCUCAUAAUUUAGCGAUACGUUCUGAACGACCCGAUAGAUUUUAUCUUCCAAAUACUUUAUCUCAAACAACGACAACUAUAUUACCUAAAACAGGAAUAGAUAUUCGAACAAAAAGUGCAAGUACCAUUCCGCGACAACGGACAGAUGAUACAAAAGAGAUUAUAAUAAAUGGUACACCUGUUUCAGUUCAAAAUAAACUACAAAUGUACGAUAUUGAUCCAUGUGAAAAUUUUAAAAAACUACAACUAACAAAACUUUUAUCAAUAAAUAAAGUACAAACAGAUCGACAGGAACAAACUCCAUCACCCUUCCAAUGA